AUGUUCGGCCAUUGCAAAAGUCCCAUAUGGCGGAUCGACGACCUGAGUCGUUGCUUCGAAGCAGAUUAUCUCCAGACUCUGUUUCCCCUGAUAGCAUGCGUUACGUCGGCGCUGCUUCUGAUUUCCCAGAUCGUGCGCAGAAUAUCGAAACAACGGCAUCAUCGGACUCAUGUACACAGCCUGUUACUGGAUAUCAGCGACGACGAAGAUUAUUCCACGGACGAAGACGAUGAUAGUCUUGCAAGGCUGACCCUACAAAAGACCUUCAGUCAUGGCGAUAAUUCGAUGAAGGAUGUGGACAAACCUACCGGCGAGGUUUUCCUUGUCACGGCCGAGUUUUUGCUGCUAUUGGGACAGUUGGUUGUCAACAUCAUCGCCGUUGUCUAUAGUGCAGCAGGAAAGCGCCAUGCGUCGAUAGCGGAAAUUUUCGUGUCAGCAUAUCUCACCGCCCUUGCGGGGGCGCGUUUACUUGCAUCAACGACGACAUGGGAAUACCCGGUGAAAGAUCUUUGGAACCACAGUGCAGCCCUCUAUCUCACUCAGUGGCUACUCCUGGUUUGGGUCUUUCGAUCGGCACUCAUUCAUCCCCUCAGCCAUCUUUCGCAGCUAUUGACAAUAUCCUCAUUCGCUAUCACGAGUACUUUAGUUGUGAUUACUUUGUGCUCUCGACGAGGAAAUAAGGGAGUUAUACUAGAGUACGAAGGCGAUAUCGAGCCAUCCCGUGAGCCGCUAGCUAGCGUUCUGUCCUUGCUUACCUUCAACUGGGUAGACCCAAUUGUUUGGAAGGGAUUCAAAAAGCCACUGGAACUAUCCGAUGUUUGGAAUGUCACACCCUCUGACAAGGCAGAGCUCGUGCUGGCGCACUUCCGACAAAUUCAAAAGACGCACUCGCUUGCUGUCCGGCUUCUUCUCCAUUUCAAAUCCGAGCUUCUCAUCCAAGGCGCAUGGUGUAUGCUCGCCAGCGUGUUCAUGUUUCUCCCGACUUUGCUUCUGAAAGCCGUACUGGAAUACCUGGAGAACACCGAUAAGAUUCCUGUAACCGCAGCGUGGCUAUAUGUUAUACUCCUCUUUGCCACUGGAGUGGUGCAGGCGAUUGGCGACGGGCAAGCUCUCUGGAUCGGGCGGAAAAUCUCGAUUCAGUUGAGGGCUAUCAUCGUGGGUGAGAUUUAUUCUAAGACUCUGCGUCGAAAAGCAGCGGCAGGCAUAGAUGCGGACAAUGGAAAGGAGAAAGCCAAAGAUAAGCAGGCGUUCUGGGCAAAAGUCAAAUCGACCUGGAAGACUAUGAGGGGCCGGCAUCAGAGCGAAGGCAUGGCGAGCUCUAGCCCUAAGAAGGCCAGCACUCCCCAGGCCAACAAUGGCACAAUCAUCAAUCUUAUGUCUGUCGACUCCUUCAAAGUUGCCGAUGUGUGCGCAUAUCUGCACUUCCUCUGGGCUGCGGUUCCUGUUCAACUGAUUAUGGCCGUGAGUUUACUGUACAUGGUCCUGGGGUUCAGCUCCUUUGCAGGGAUUGUGCUGAUGAUCCUCAUCCUCCCGCUGAAUCUCUACAUUGCGAAAUCAUUUCAACUCGCACAGAAACGGAUCAUGGCGGCGACCGAUGCCCGGAUUCAUGUGACUAAUGAAGUUCUCCAGAACAUCAGAAUCAUUAAAUACUUUGCCUGGGAACAACGGUUUCAGAACAAUGUCAAUGAGAAGAGGAAGAUCGAGUUAUCCGCACUUUGGCGGAAAUACAUUCUAUGGGCAUCUGCUGCAACUAUCUGGAGUGGUGUCCCGAUCAUCAUCACAUUCACUUCAUUCUUUCUCUACACGAAAAUUGAGAGGCGGCCUCUCGUGCCCUCAGUCGCGUUUCCCGCAUUGUCAAUGUUUUCCUUGCUACGUGUGCCUUUGGAUCAGCUUGCAGACAUGGUGGCUCAUGUGCAAGAGUCCAAAGUGUCGGUUGAUCGGGUGGAACGAUUUCUUGAUGAGGAAGAAACGGAGAAAUAUAUCCAACUACGUCAGAGCAGGCGGUUCAGUGUCCCAUGCACUCGUAUUGCACUUGAUAAUGCUACGUUGACAUGGGGAGCAAGCGGCCCAGAUGCUGUGGAAGCAUUUCGUCUUAUUGACAUCAAUAUUGAUUUUGAAAUUGGUCGGCUCAGCGUCAUUGCUGGCCCGACUGGAUCCGGGAAGACGUCCCUGCUUAUGGCUCUGCUUGGAGAAAUGCAAUUGCUCAGUGGAAAUGUCCACAUUCCUGGUGGCGUUGCGCGACAAGAGCUGCGGCCUGACCCAGCUACAGGCCUGACCGACAGCGUGGCUUACUGCGCCCAGCAAGCCUGGUUGGUGAAUGCAACUAUCAAGGAGAACAUCUUGUUUGCCAGCCCUUACGACGAAGACCGCUAUCUUGAAGUUAUCUCGGUUUGUGCUCUUGAACGUGAUCUGGAAAUCCUUGAUGCAGGCGAGCAGACGCUGGUUGGAGAGAAAGGUAUAACUCUCUCUGGAGGCCAGAAACAGAGAAUAUCUCUCGCAAGGGCCAUAUACUCCAAUUCCAAACACCUGCUCCUUGACGAUUGCCUGAGCGCGGUUGAUGCGCAUACCGCGAAGCACAUUUUCGAGCAAGCACUUACUGGGGACUUGAUGUCACACCGGACCUGCAUUCUAGUUUCACACAACGUUGCACUCACAGUCCCGCUUGCGGAUCGAGUGGUUGUUCUAGAGAAUGGCAAGAUAGUUGCCCAAGGGACGCCACAGCAGAUUGUUGAAGGCGGUGUGCUCGGAGAUGAGCUGUUGAAGUCACGACCGGUAUCGAGAGCAAAUUCUCAACCACCUUCACGAGUGCCUUCAAAUCUGGAAGAAGAAACUUCUAAACUAUCCGAUGGGAACGGUCAUUUGCCCGCUGGUUCAAAUGGGAGAGGUUCCAAUAAAGGCAAGCCGAGGGCUAACAAGCCUGAAAAACAAUUCAUUGACCAUCGACUCGAAGCCAAAGCCACAGGGAGCGUGAAACUGUCGACAAUCAAGAUGUAUCUCCAGGCUAUGGGGCCCUGGCACUAUUGGAUUGUGGCUGCCUUUGGUUUCAUAGCCACGCAGGUGGGCUCCGUUGCAACCAACCUAUGGAUUCGAGAAUGGGCCAACGCCUACCACCUCCAGGGCACGCAUACAGCUCAUGCAGCAAUACAUGCUUUCCACCAAGCCAAGGGAGUAGCUUCAGCAUCGAUCUUCGGAGGUUCAUACGUUCAAAUGCCAGAAACUGCGGUUGUGAGCCAGGCCUGGAUUACGAAGACAAUCUCGAAGGUUGAUGCAGGGUACUACCUAGGAGUAUAUGCGAUCAUUGGCGCCGUGUACGUCUUCAUUUGUUUCUCAAGGGAGAUCAUACUCUUCUGGGGCUCCCAGCGGGCUUCUUGGUACAUCCACGAGAAACUGCUGACCAGCAUUCUUCGGGCGAAAUUCCGCUUCUUCGAUUCGACACCCCUUGGACAGCUGACGAAUCGAUUCUCCAAGGACAUUCAAGCUCUCGACCAGGAGGUAGCUCCGGUGGCGAUUGGCCUGCUUCACAGCGCCGCAUCUGUUCUCACAAUCGUCAUCCUGAUCUCAGUGAUCACGCCGGGUUUCCUGAUCCCGGGUUUCUUCAUCACCAUCCUGUACGUCUUGACCGGCUGGCUGUAUAUUCGAUCAUCCCGAGACUUGAAAAGAAUCGAAGCAGUCCAGCGGAGUCCUCUUUUUCAGCAUUUUGGCGAGACGCUGACUGGAGUGGUGACCAUUCGGGCGUACGGGGACGAGUCGCGAUUCAUUCAGGAAAGUAAUGUGCGAGUAAAUACGCACAAUCGUCCAUACAUCUACUUGUGGGCGACUAACAGAUGGCUCGCAUUCCGGAUCGACAUGGCUGGAGCUCUGGUGUCAUUUUUCUCUGCCAUGUUCCUGAUCGUCAAUGCAGGUCGAAUCGACCCAGGAGCGGCUGGUUUGGCCCUGUCAUAUGCCAUUACAUUUACUCAGAAUGUUCUUUGGCUCGUUCGACUCUAUGCCGCCAACGAACAGAACAUGAAUGCUGUUGAACGGUUACAAGAGUAUAUCGAUGUCGAACAAGAGGCGCCAGCUCAUUUGCCGGAUACGAAACCGCCGGCAAACUGGCCGAGCCACGGGGCUGUGGAGUUUGUCGGGUACAGCACAAGGUACCGUCCUGAUCUGGAACCGGUGCUCAAGCAUGUGUCUUUCCGCAUUGAGCCUGGCCACAAGGUCGGGAUUGUCGGCCGAACCGGAGCGGGCAAAAGCUCACUUGCACUGGCUCUGUUCCGAGGUCUCGAAGCCGAAGAGGGUAAAAUCUUGAUUGAUAAUGUGGAUAUUGGACUUGUUGGACUCCAAGAUCUACGUGAGGCCAUCACCAUUGUCCCUCAAGAUCCAACACUCUUCACCGGCACAUUGAGAAGUAACUUGGAUCCUUUUGAACUGUUUACCGAUGAGGAAGUCUUUACCGCACUUCGCCGGGUGCAGCUGAUACCAGGCGCACAUGGAAGUCCAAAUCAGUCGGGACAGGCCACACCAUCGGAGGCCGCUGGUAGAUCGCCUACUCUGCACGAGGCCUCGAAUUCCGAUAGUCAUGGGUCUAUCCCAGCGAACGGAACGGUGAAAUCGGACUCGACGCUGGUCGGCCCCGCGAGCAGCAGCAAAGACAACCGAAAUAUCUUUCGAGAUCUCUCAUCGCCCAUCGCAGAAUCUGGCUCCAACUUGUCUCAGGGUCAGCGACAACUUCUGUGUCUGGCAAGGGCCUUGUUGAAAGCCCCGAAGGUGCUGGUCAUGGACGAAGCAACGGCUUCCAUUGAUUACGCCACAGACUCCAAGAUCCAAGACACUCUACGAGAGCUAAACAACAAUACGAUUCUGACCAUUGCGCAUCGCCUGCAAACGAUCAUUGACUACGACCGAGUAUUGGUACUUGACAAGGGCGAAGUGGUGGAAUAUGCUGACCCUUUCACGUUGAUUCAACAAGAAGGUCAUUUCAGGUCAAUGUGCCAGACAAGCGGCGAUUUCGACUCGCUGUAUGAACUGGCGAGAAAAGCGUGGCAGGAGAAGAGAUUGAUCGACGACUCAUGCUGA